ACCCAUGUUGUCCUGAGACAAGCUUGGUUGGAGAACAUUAAACCAGUGUUGAUAUUGAACAAAAUAGAUCGUCUCAUAACAGAAUUGAAAUACACACCAAUGGAAGCACAUUUACAUCUACAACAAAUAUUGGAACAAAUUAAUGCCGUGACUGGUACCUUAUUUGCCACUGAUGUUAUGGAAAAAACAGCUAAUAAAUCCAAUGGUGACAAGAUAAGUACUGAAGAUUCAUUGCCUUCAGAAGAACAAAUUUAUGACUGGAGUACUGGUUUGGAAGAAAGCGAUGAUUCCAAUUUAUAUUUCUCGCCAGAUGAAGGCAAUGUUGUCUUUGCCAGUGCCAUAGAUGGAUGGGGAUUCAG